AUGGCCGUCUUCGCGUCGCUCGAUGAGCGCUCGAAGAAUUCCUCGUCAGAGUACGAGGACGACGAACGGGCCGGCUUCCUGAACGAAAAGACCAUCAAGCUUCAGAUCCGGAGACCACGGCGGCUCUCCCUCUUCGUCACGAUGGCCAACCUGCUCCUCUUCGUCGUGACCAUCGCGCUAUGGGCCAGCUGGUACUACAAGACAUACCUCGUCCUGAACCCGGAGCUGCGCAGGACAUCAACGUAUAGUAAGGACAUUUUUUCCCCAGAACCCCCUUCUCUCCACUCUCUCUUUACUCACGCAGAAGGAACAACAGGCCCCAUCCACGACCUCUUCGACCUAAAGAUGCACAAGGAGCUCGUCAACGGCACCCUCUUCCCAGACCGCGAGCACCCCUCCAUCGCGCGCCUGCCCCCGCGCACCCCGGAGGCCGACGCCCUCUGGGACGAGUGGGAGCUCACGCGGCCCUUCCCCGUGACGGCGGCCCAGAUCCGCGCCAUGGGCAAGGACCCCUCCACGGCGGCCAAGCUCGAGGACGCGGACUGGGGGCUCGGCGACGACGCCUACGCGGCGGUGCUCGACGUCUACCACCAGCUGCACUGCCUCAACAGCCUGCGCAAGGCCGUCUACCGCGCCGAGUACGGCGCGCCCGAGCUGGCCGAGGUCUCGGAGGCCAUGAUGCGCGUGCACGUCGACCACUGCGUCGACAUCCUGAUGCAGGCGCUGCAGUGCUCCGGCAACGUCAACCUCGUCACCAUGCACUGGCUCGACACGCAGGACUAUCCCUUCCCGGACAUGAGCAUCGAGCGGCAGUGCGUCGACUUCGAGGGCCUCACGGCCUGGCGCCGGCGCAGCACGCUCGACAUGGACAAGUGGGCGCGCGUCAUGGCCCGGAAGCCGCCCGGCGUCAAGGAGGAGAAGGCGCCCGAGGAGUUCCACACGUACUUUGGCGGCGGCGGCGGCGGGCCGGGAGGGGACGGAGCGGCGGCGCACGGGGGCCACGUUCAUGGGCCGUAG